GGAUUUUGACCCAGUGACAGUGAUGGAACGGCGAUAUAUUUCCAAGUCAGGAUAGUGGGUGGCUUGGAGGGGAACUUCCAGGUGGUGGUGCCCCAUAUGUCUGCUGGUCCCAAUCUAGAUGGUAGUGAUCAUGGGUUUGCUUCAGCCGCUUGCAUUUCUAAAGCACCUUUAACAUAGUAAAAUAUCCUGAGGCACUUCUCAAGAACACAGAGUCACUAUAGAAGAUUCAGACAGAUGAUUAAAAGCUUGGCCAAAGCGGUAGGUUUUGCGGAAUGUCUUAAAGGUUGAAAUGAGGAGAGCUUUAGGAAUGGAUUCCCAGAAUUUGGGGCCGAGGCACCUGAAAGCAGAGCUGCCAAUGGUGAAGCAAAGAAAAUUGGCAACAUACUAUAAUCCAGAAUUGGAGGAAUGCAAAGAUCUCAGUGUGUUGUAAGGCUGGAGAUGAUUGCAGAGAUGGGGAUGGUUGAGUUACUCCUUGGCCGCUCAGUAUGUCUGUAAUGCAGUGGAGUUGUGUAUAGAUACCACUCUGUGUUCAGUGCUUGUGUCUUUACCCAUGCUGAAGGCCAGUUGUAUUCUGACUGGGAACAGCUAAAUGACCCUACACUAGGGAUCAAAGCUGGAGUCAUUCUGCUCUGUAUUAGAUGCGAAGGCGAUGCCUUUGCUUGCUGCCUUUAUUUAAGCUGAAUGUGAUUUACUGACUUCUCUGUAUUAGGAUUUGUCUGGUUAAAAUUACACAGUUCCAUUCAUGGUUUCACAUUAAGCAGAGAAUACCUGUUUGUAAUUCAAGGGUGCUAGCACAGUUGUCCGAGUAAUUAUUCAGAAAGGACAAAGGAUUCUUUUAUGCCUGCAUAAUAUUUUGGUAUGUGUGCUGAUUUGAAUUUGUGUAAAAAUACCAGCAGUAUAAGUUUGAAGUAGGGAGAUCCUGCACAAAUGAGCAGUGGAACUGUACAAUCUGUCAGCAUUUUAAAUGGAUGUAUCAAGUACAAUCUUAAAACUGCAUUGUUUUUAAGAUUGCUUUUAAACUCUCAAGUUUAGUGUCCGAUCCCGGGUGAAGUGGACUGAGAUUGAGUCAUUGCUACAGUUAGAAUUAUAGAAUAUUAUAGCACAGGCGGAGGCCAUUCGGCCUGUCAUGUCUUUGCUGACCCUUUGAAAUGCCCUCUGAACAAGGGCAAUUAGGGAUGGGGCAAUACACAUUCCAAUGAAUAAAAAAAACUCUAACCAAUGUCAUUUAAAAACGAUCAUUAUCACAUUGCUGUUUGUGGGAGCUUGCUGUGCACAAAGUGGCUAUAGUACAAUAGUACAAGAAGUAUUUCAUUGGCUGUGAAAGGUGUUAUAUAAAUGUAAAUUUCAUUUUUGAUCAUACAAUGCAGUUGAAUUAAUGCCCUAAUGCAAUUAAUGAUGGGUAAUAAAUACUGCUGUACCAGUGUUGGCUACCUUCCAAAGAACCCUUACUAGUUUCAUACUGGAGUUGCUUUAUAACUUUAAAACUAGCCCAGUUGGUAGUACACUCAGCUCAGAGACAAAGUCUCAAGAGAGUUGGAGCCCUACUCCCAAGAAACAAAAAAAGUAAUUAUUGCAUUUAUAAAGCACCUUUCGCAACCACCAGAUGUCCCACGGUCCUUUACAGCCUUUGAAAUACUUUUGAAGUAUAGUCACUUGUAAUGCAGGAAAUGUAGCAGGGUCAAUUUGUGCACUGCAAGCUUCUAAAAACAGCAAUGAGAUAAAUAGCAGAGAAUCUAUUUUUGUUUUACGAUUUGACUGUGUAAUAAAGAUUGGCCAGGACACUGGGGAUAAGUCCCAUGUCCUCUUCAAAAUAGUGCCAUUGGAAUUAUCUUUUACAUCCACAUGAGGGCAGACCAGGACCCGGUUUAACAUCUUAUCUGAAAGAAGGCACCUCCAACAGUGUGGCACUUCCUCAGUACUGCACUGAGAGUGUCAACCUUGAUACUUGUGCUGAAGACCUGGAGUGGGACUUGAACCUACAACCUUGCGACUCAUAGAUGACAGUGCUACCCACUGAACCACAGCCAACACUGUUGACAGUGUAAUCUGGAUGGAUAGUUCCACUCAUUGUCUAGGGAGUGCUACGCUGCCAAAGGUGCUGUCCUGAAGCGGGGUUACCAUUUGUCGUCCUCCAAUCUGCCGGGACUGUUCCAGAAUCUACAGAAUUUACGGAAGAUGACAACCAACACAUCUGCUAUUUCCAUAUUUCACAAAUGAGCCGCUGGCACCAAACCAUCACCAAAGAAAUGCUCAACAAAAGCCUUAAAGGGUUACCAUGGCGAUGAUUGGUGGCUCUGCAGCAUCCUUCCCAAUCACUAAUCACACAAGGGAGAGAGUAACUGUGGCUAAGCUGACGCUGGAAAAUUUCUACAGUAAUCUGAUCGCACAGCAUGAAGAGAGAGAAAUGAGGCAAGUACAGCUAGAAAAAGCCAUGGAGCAGGAAGGGUUGGCUGAUGAAGAUAAACAAAUGCGACGAACGCAACAUGCUCAGAAAGAGACGGAAUUCCUUCGCCUGAAGAGAACAAGGUUGGGCCUGGAUGACUUUGAGUCUCUGAAGGUUAUAGGAAGAGGUGCAUUUGGGGAGGUGCGUCUUGUACAGAAGAAGGACACCGGACACAUCUACGCCAUGAAGAUCCUUCGAAAGGCAGAUAUGUUAGAAAAAGAGCAGGUUGCUCACAUUCGGGCAGAGAGGGAUAUCCUUGUGGAAGCAGAUGGUGCUUGGGUGGUGAAGAUGUUCUACAGUUUUCAGGACAAGAGAAACCUAUAUUUAAUUAUGGAAUUUCUGCCGGGCGGUGAUAUGAUGACCUUACUCAUGAAGAAGGAUACACUGUCUGAGGAAGAGGCUCAGUUUUACAUUGCAGAGACCGUGUUGGCCAUUGACUGCAUCCAUCAACUGGGUUUCAUUCACAGAGACAUUAAACCAGAUAACCUCCUAUUAGAUAGCAGGGGACACGUGAAACUGUCUGAUUUUGGGCUGUGCACAGGACUGAAGAAAGCUCACAGGACAGAGUUCUACCGAAAUCUCACGUGCAAUCCCCCCAGUAAUUUCACUUUUCAGAAUAUGAACUCAAAACGAAAAGCAGAAACAUGGAAGAAGAAUAGACGGCAGCUGGCCUACUCCACUGUUGGCACCCCAGAUUACAUUGCCCCGGAAGUAUUCAUGCAGAAUGGAUACAACAAGCUCUGUGAUUGGUGGUCUUUGGGGGUCAUCAUGUAUGAAAUGCUGAUAGGCUACCCUCCUUUCUGCUCUGAAACCCCUCAAGAGACUUAUCGCAAGGUGAUGAACUGGAAAGAAACAUUAGUUUUCCCCCCAGAAGUUCCAAUUUCGGAGAGAUCAAAGAGCCUGAUUCUAAGAUUUUGCUGUGCGGCAGAUAAUCGAAUUGGAGCUAAUGGCGUGGAAGAAAUUAAAAGUCACCUGUUUUUUGAAGGAGUGGACUGGGAACACACCAGGGAGAGGCCAGCAGCCAUUCCAAUUGAAAUAAGAAGCAUAGACGACACUUCUAAUUUUGAUGAAUUUCCUGAAUCGGACAUCUUGCAGCCAGCACCCAACGUGACUGAAUCGGAUUAUAAAUCUAAAGACUGGGUCUUUAUCAACUAUACCUACAAGAGAUUUGAAGGACUGACUGCUCGAGGAACCAUCCCAUCCUACAUGAGGGUGGGAAAGUUAUGAAUAUGACAUGAAACUGCCAGUUACAGUGACCUGUGUUUCUCAAGCAUGAAGACUCACUGCUUCAUAUCCAGAAUCUCUGGAUUAAUAGAAUAUCUGCUGGAUUAGGAUCUCCUGCACCUAAAUUUAUUUUUAUUUAAACCUGUUAGCAGAGCACGAAUGCCAUGUACUUACUUGGAUUCUCCCCGUCAAUGAUGGGUUAAAACCAUCUGUUUUUGUGUGUGUGUUGUAUGUGUUAAUUUAAGGUAUGUGUGUGUGGGGAUUCAUCGCUCCGGACUAUUACAAGAGCUUGGGGUUUGUCCAUUUAUGCUGCGUGGAUGAGUUGAUAUGAAUGGUUUGCUUGUGGUGAGUCAGUUCCGAACUGAGAGCUUAUGAAACCUAGCGGUAGCCCCCUCCCACCCUCCACC